CGCGCAGGAAUGUGUGGAAUCCAUGCUGGCCCUUUAGAAGAUUCUCUGUUUUUGAAUCACAGCGAAAGGCUUUGUCAUGGGGAAGAUCGUAAAGUUGUCUUGAAGAAAGGCCCACCAGAAAUAAAAAUUGCAGAUAUGCCUUUACAUUCACCGCUCUCCAAAUACCAAAGCACUGUGAUUUCCCACGGCUUCCGGAGGCGCCUGGUCUGAUGAAAGAAGAAUAAAGUGCCGAAGAGUUUCCAUCUCUGUCUCUUUCUCUCCCCAUAAAUGUUGAAGGCCAUUCAUUGUACAAUUACAAUUGUAUUUCACCUACA